AUGGCAGCCGCCCCGGGCGCCCGGCUGCCCCAGCUCCACUCCACUCCACUCAUUACGAACAAGCGCGCCGCCACAUUCUCCAGGCCAGCGAUUUCUAGCCGGGCCGCCGCCGGCGCAGCCCAGCGCGCUGCCGCCUACUUUACAUGCCCGCCUUUGGCAGCCGCUUGCAAUGAUCGUAGCAGUGCCCUGGGCAGCUGGUCACGUGGCGGAGUGAGCAGCGGGAUGGAGAAGGAGAGCGACGUGGAGCGCGGCGCCGACAAGUCCGCGGCGGCGCCGGGGUCCGGCCCCGCUGCCGCCGCCGCCGCCGCCGCCGCUGCCGCCGCCGCCGCCGCGGACGCGCCCAGCCUGCUCGACGCCGCCAGCCUCUUCGCGGCUGCAGCGGCGGCGGCGGCAGCCAGCGGCGGCCACUCGCUGUUCGGCGCGCUGCCGCCCGGCCUGGCGCCUCACCUUGCGCCGCACCUGCCGUUCACCGUGCUGGGCGGCGUCGGCGGCGUCGGCGGCGUUGGCGGCGUGGGCGGUGUGGGCGGCGUGCCGGGCCGCUACCACCCCGGGCCCGCUGCGGGCGCGCCCGCCGGCCCGCCUCCGCCACCUCCGCAGGUGUCCGCCUCCUCGGCGGGCGCCGCCCCCGGGCCGCCCGGCACCGCCCCCGGUUCCGCGCCGCCUCCCGCGCCCGCACCCGCGCCCGCGCCGGGACCGCCGCCACCGCCCCCUCCGCCGCCUUACGGCGGGCUGGGAACGCUCAGCGUCGCCGCGUCGCAAGCCGCCUCGCUCGGUAUCAACCCUGCAGCUAGCAUUGUGCUAAGAAUUGAUAACUACGGGGAGCUUGUUGAUAAUUCACCAUUUUGA